UUUUAAGGACUAAAUUGAUUUAAUGAUGAUCAUCUAAGGACUAUUUUAACUCAUUAUCUUUUCGAGCUUUGAUGUUUAUACAGGGGCUAAUUCCAGCUGUGAAAGAAGUCAUGCCAAAUGCUCACCACAGAUUCUGUGUUUGGCAUCUAUGGAGAAAUUUUUCAAAGCAAUGGGGCAGCAUUGAAUUGAAGGAUAUGGUAUGGGAAUGCGCUAGAUCAAGAACCGUGUCAGAAUUUGAAAGAAACAUGAGCAAGGUAAAAAAGAUUAGUGAGCCAGCUUGGGCAUACCUUGAUAAAUGGCCAAAAGAAGCAUGGACGAAGGCACACUUCAGAGAGGAGCCGAAGAUGGACACAAUAUGCAACAACGCGUGUGAGUCGUUCAACGCAAAAAUAAAGCAUUACAGGGCAAAGCCCAUCUUGACACUAGCUGAAGAAGUCAGGAGGAUCAUCAUGAAGAGCAUGAUAGAGAAUAGGCGAAAGUUAUUGCACUAUCAGGGAAUUCUGACUCCUGUUCAACAAAGCCGGUUAGAGGCAAUGACAAAGCUGUCAAGAAAUUGGUUUCCUCAAUGGUCGGGUGAUGACAAGGAGGUGUUGUAUGAAGUGCAAGGCUGGCCAACGAAUAUGGUGGUGGAUUUGGGAAGUCGUACCUGUACAUGUAGAUUCUGGCAGCUGACAGGUAUGCCCUGCAUGCAUGCCAUCGCUGCAAUUCAAGACAAGAAUGACAAGAGACCUGAGGAGUAUUGCCACGAUUGGUUAACGAUGGAUGCGUAUAGAAGAACAUAUUGCUUCAAUGUGAAUCCAAUAAAGGGGCAAGAUCUAUGGGAAAAAACAGGGUCGCCAGCACCGGUUCCGCCUCCAGUCAAGAUCAAGCCGGGUAGGCCCACAUUGAACAGGAGAAAGGACAAAGAUGAACAACCUGUUAGUUCAAAGACACGGAUGAAAAGAAAGUAUAACCUAAUACGGUGCCUGUAUUGUGGUGAAGUUGGGCACAACAGAAGAACGUGCAAAGUGAAGAAACAAGAGGAAGCUUCUGAACAAGCAAGGCUUAUGCAACUUCAGCUUGCAGUAGUUGCUGCCCCUGCUAAUGCUAAUGAUAAACAUGCACCCAAUGGAACUCCGAUUGAUCCUGUUACCCAAGAUCCUACCAAUCCACCAGUAGCAACUUCAAAUGCACCAACUGAGAUGAUCAUUGACCAAUCAGAAGGAGUUCCAGUUACACAAGAAUCUCAACCUUUAUCUGUUUUCAGCCAGGAUAAAGUUAGAGCAAGGCCUCCAAAGCUUCAUGUUAAAAAAGGAAAAACAACAAUCCCAGCCUCACCACAACCGGCUGCAGCUACAACAAUUCCAAUUUCAGCUGAAACAAUCAAGGGCACCAGUUCUGCUACUGCGAAGAAACUUGCUAGUUUCAUGACUUUUGUACCAACUCCCGGAUUCAAACACCCGAAAAAGAAAGACAACGAUGUUUGA